CUCCAUUGGUCUAUCAUUAAUCUCUCUAGUCCAGGUUCCUUUCCCUCCAUGUUUUCUAUUAAUAAUCUUCGUAUUGCCUAUUCGGGAAUCACUUUACGGGUGGAAAAUUCGCAUUGAGGAAAUGCCGCCAAAGGGUUCAUGGGGGUUCUCUCUGUUUGGAAACGGGGAUUCUGCCUCCGACGAAAGAAAUAUCGAUGGGUCUCCAAAAAAUUCUCCGUCUCCUCCUUCUUUGAGAUUACAAUUAAAUAAAGAUGUCUACAGGCCUGGGGAUCUAGUUUCUGCGACUAUUCAGAUUCAAAACCAUUGUACCUCUACUGAUCAAUCUGAAAUUCAGCAGGAAGAUGACGACGAUGCUUGCUCACUUCUGGUGGAAAGACUUGGGUUCGAAAUCAUUGGGACUGAGAAAUUGGAUACUCAGUGGUUCUCAUUGCAGAAGCCAUUACCUGGAACAAAGCAUAGAAGAGGUGAGAAGGUCUUCCUGGACUGUUCGACACCUCAUGUGGUUUCAAAUCAGAUUGUCUCCGCUGGUGCCACCAAAACUUAUAUGGUCAGAAUGGAACUACCUGAUAAUAUACCACCAUCAUACAGGGGUACAACCAUUCGUUAUUUUUACUAUGUUAGAACUACAUUAUCUGGGAGACUGCUGGCGUUGGAGAGAGGUUCUCGCCAAGACUCAAUGAACGAAACAAUUUUACUGGAAGAUCGUAUUCCAUUGCAAAUAUGGGUGACACAGAAAACCAGUGGCAUGCUAACUGAAGAUCAAAGUGAUGGAAUUUUGCAGGCUACGACUAUCUCAAAGGACAUAUACUGGAAGGAGAAGGAUUCCGAUUCUGAAUGGGCAAGAGCCAAUGAAACAUUUGAUGGAGGUGAAGAAGGAUAUGACAGCUCAAGAGAUGAGACAUUGUCUGUUUCUUCCUACAAUCCCUCAAAGGGAAAUUUAAACACGGCUUUUGGAAGUUCUUUGUCCUUGCAAUCAGCUGCAACGAGGUUUUCAAACAAGGAUGUUCUACACUUACAAGGAGAACGCUCUAGCUUAUCUUCAUAUCUGGCACUUCCUCGUGUAUCUGUUGCUGAAGUCUUACAUGAUUCGAGUGGUGAUGUACUGUCGGGUAAGAAGUCUCCUGCUGUUCUGCCUCCUAGUAAGCAGAGAAAGCAUCCCUUUUCCCCUGAUGAAGAUACCGGAGUUUCUCCUGUUGCUGGGACUUCUGAAGCUGCGGCAUCAGAAGGCUUUGUGCGAGGGAGAUCCUACAAUAUUAGGCUAGAUGACCAAGUGUUGCUCCGGUUUUCUCCAAAAAAUUCUGAUUCGACAUACUACUUCAGUGACAUGAUUGGGGGCACUUUGACUUUCUUUCAUGAAGAAGGGGCUAGGAGAUGCCUUGAGGUCUCAAUAACCUUAGAAACUUCAGAAACAAUAAGUCAGCGUUUUGUCCAUCUUUCGCGUAGAAAUGCUCCUAUGCUUACAAAGAUUCAGAGCGAUCAUUAUGAGGUUGUUGCGGAUUUAGUACAGACAAGCUUUCUUUUCUCUAUUCCCAUGGAUGGGCCCAUGUCUUUUUCGACUCCCCUUGUUUCUGUACAAUGGGCUCUUCGGUUCGAGUUCUUCACCACUCCUAAGAAUGGGGAUUGGAGAAGAUACGAGCAUCCUCUUCUUAUUGAGGGAAGAGAUAAAGGGGAAUGGGUACUUCCGAUAGCUGUACACGCACCUCCACCGCGAGCUCAGCCUACUAAUACAAGAAAUGAGAGGUCUGAUUCUUUCGGACCCUUGUGGAAUCGUAACUGAAGGUUAGUUUGUCCUACAUCGAAACUCUUAAACAUCUUUUUUUUUGUAACUCAUUAUGUUUGACAUCUUGUAUGUGUAAUCUUCAAUUUUUGAUACGGUAACAUAAGAGUUCGUUUAUCUGAUGUUUAUGAAGUCCUAUAUUUGGAUAAAAGGUUCAAAUCUUUUCUGGGCAGAGGGUUAUAACAAGGCCGAUGAUGCUAAUAACAGAGAUUUAUUAUUUCUGUGGCAGUCAGUUAUUGUAUAGAGCCUUUAAAUCACAAAUAGUAUCAAGAAACAGAUAAUUUAGGUU